CUCUUAUUCCAAUCAAUGCAUGGUUGCUAGGGUAAUUUGGAUCCUAGUAACCAGACUGACAAAACUGCAAAAUGGCAAGCUGCUGAAUACAUAGCUAAAUAACUCAAAAACCACAAGUAAUAAAAAAUGAAAUUCUCAGAAUAUCACUCUUCGUCCUACUAACAGUUAAUUUAAAGGUGAGCAGACCCUUUAAUAUGGAAAUAAACCGUCAAAAAGGCAAUAAAUCAAAGUUAAUAAAUGUUAAAUUGCAGAGCAAAGGGGGCUUAUUGGCAGUGGCGUAAUUAGAUAUUACUGGGCCCCACAGUAAAUGAUUAUUUAGGCCCCCGAAAUUUCUACAAGUUGACCUGUUUUAACAAUAUUUAUUGAAAUUGUAUGUAAAUUAAGGCCUCAUGGGACCCCUAUACCUCUUGGGCCCCCCUGCAGCCAUAGGGUCUGCUUCCUCUUUAGUUACACCCCUGAUUAUUGGGGACCCUUUAUACAGAAGAUAUAGGGAAACCUAGUGAUUUCCUUAUUAACACUGACCUCCCUACAUUCCCCUUCAUAGAGGCAGUCCUGAUGUAGAGUGAUCCUUAUAUAGACUGGCUAAGCCUGGGGGUCAGGGGAGGGGCUGUUACCUACAAACAGGUGAUUCCCAUACAGACCCUCCUGCUGACUCCACCUGCUCUGUUAACCUCUUAUCUGCUGCCUCCCUUCUGCUCCAUUCUACUGUUUCCCUCUUAUUCAGGACAGAAGUUGAAGCAGGUGAGGAGUUAAUUGUGCAGAUCUGCCCCAGGCCUUGCCCCAUAACAUGGAGUUACAUUUUUAUUAUGGAUCAUCAGCCCUGUCCCAAGGGAAUCGCGUGGGGUGAGAGAUCUUACCCCAAACUCCUGGGAGACUGAAUGAUGAUGAUGACUGUGGCCCCCAGGGACCCAAUAAAGCCAUAAUCCAAUCUCAGAUAGUGAAUCAACAACAAUAUCGGAUCCCCAUGUGAUCAGAUGACGAUGGAGAACCAGUUUUUCGUAGAAGGAGUCUACCCAGACUUCACCCUGCUGGAAGAGGCGCUGCUACCCCCCUGCCUGGAGGCGACUCCUUGCUCGGAAUCCAAUCAGAUCAGCGAGUGGACGAGAACCGGCGCAGAGACGCAAUGCGCACAAUCACCACUAGGCGGCGCUGAUGGGGAAGCACCUGCCAGCGGAUUCGCCUGUGAGUCCCGAGGUCAACCAGCAGGGGGCGAAGUAUCCGUCCGGGCGGAGCAAUACCGAACUGCGGGCACCAGAGGGAGCAGCAAGAAGCGUAAGAACAGGUGUCCAUCACGUAGGCAACUCAACAGGUCACAGAAGCAAAGGGAAAAAAUGGAAUAUUUGGUACACCCACCUCCAGAACCUAAUAUUCUAUAUCUCAUGCAAGAAAGUGCAAAGUUGCUCCCUGAGCUGGAAAAAAGAGUUUGUGACCCAUCCUCUUCCAGUUCAGAAGAUCCUCAGAUUGUGUAUGGAGGACAUUGCAACACCUCGUCUAGGAUGGGUCAGGGCUCCAUCUUGCUUAGCCCAAAGCACUCUUCACUAAAUUAUAAUGCGAUGGAACUAUUAAACCUCAUUAGUACCAAGUGUUCUGGUUUGCAUGAAUUAGAUGGAGACCAAGAGUUGGUAAAGGAAGAAAUAAGAUUAAACACAUGCAAGGGCAAGAGCAUUGAUAGAGGAAUGGUGGAGGUGAAGGAAAAUUGCCUUCUUAUUGCAGAGGAAGAACAUGUUGCCAUUGAGGCUCAGAAGGAGGAAGAGAGAGUUCCUGAAAGGCAAAAUCCUUCUUUGAAAAUGUUUGCUACAGAACAAUCUGUACAUAAUGUAGCAGUCGCUUGUACUUCACGUAAAGUACUUAUGAAUACAGGAGAUGACCAGCAUGAGGGCAAAUCUCCUGAAGGGGUAAGCUCCCUCAUAAAGGCAUCUUUGGAUCAAGAGCUUUGUAGGAUGAAGACCCCAAGGAAACAGAGGACUCCAUCUAAAAGCAUGCAAAAGCUUGACCCAUCGUUCCAAGGCAUUGAAUUUCAGAUGCACUUGAGUUUAGAGAAGGAGAAUUGUGGGGAUUAUCAGCUCAUAGUGACAUCAUUUUACAGCAAGAAGAAGAGUCGCCACGGGAGCAUAAAAUCCAAGAGUAGGCUGAACUCCAUCUCAUUGACCAGCAGCUCUGAAGAUGAUCAGCCUUCCAUAUUGACAAAACAGAGCAAACGAUGCGCAUCUUGCAAAACCCUAAAGACCCCUCUCUGGAGAGAUGCUGAGGAUGGGACACCCCUAUGUAAUGCUUGUGGGAUCAGGUAUAAAAAAUAUGGGGUCAGAUGUUCCCAGUGCUGGACUAUUCCAAAGAAAGACGGCAAGACUUACUCCAGAUACUGCGGUUGUGGAGGAACCUUCCGAGCUCCAGUUUAAGAAACCACAUUACUGAUUGGUGUUGUAUAGAUUUAUCAAUUGAACAAAGUGACCGUUGUUCGUGUCUUGUGCCAUGUGCUUAAUUAAAUCUCAUGACACUGUUUCAUUUGUAAGACCAAUGGAAAGUUCUGGUUGAAACACAAUAAAAUAUUUAUAUUGUU